AUGGCUGAUCACAGGUUUCUACUGACUUGGAUUUUGUUCUUCUCCUAUUGUUUGCUGACUGUACAUUGUUCACAACCCAACUGUACAGAUGUGCGUGACUUUGAUGACUGUCGAGGGAAUGCAGCAGAUAUCUGUCCUGAGAAUAUUACUUGUGCCUGCAAAGAUGGAAAGCCUUUUUGCAAAUGUCCAAAUUACAGAGGCAAGUGGGGAAACUAUUGGUAUAUGGGAGACAAAUGUGAACAACUUUGGAAUACUCUGGAUCUGGUUCUGGUAGCAACAUUGCCGGGAAUAGGAUUGGCUUUAAUAGUCGCUGUUACAAUCAAGAGUAUCGAUUACUGUAGAAGGAUGUCCAAGAAGAAUACAGAUGAUCACAGAGAACAGAUACCUUCAUCAGGACUUCAACCUCAGCAUAACUUGGGAUUUGCUUUUGGUACUGAUAUGAGGCUUCCACAACACAAUCAAGAUCAGGUAAACACUGAGACUCGUUUAUCAAACAAAGUUUACAGAAGACACCAAGGAGAGAAAUGCCUUAGAGAAACAGAAGGAAAAAAAAACUUUGGUAAAAUGGUGAAAGAAAGAAUUAGAGACAAUAAAAUGAAGUGUUAUCAGAAGAUCAACUUGCCCAAACAUUAA